AUGGCCACGGCCGCGGCGCGGGAGGGCACGCGGGUCUCCAUGCUGGCCCGCAACCUCAUCCGCCUCGAGGAGGCGCGCGCCGCCAUCCAGCGCGACUCGGGCUGCGACGAUGUUGGCGUCCACGCGGCCGACGUGCGGGUCGGGCCGCGUACUCAGCGAGCAAGUUUGCUCUUCGGCGAUUGGACUCUGGGAUUUGAAGAGGGUAUGUGUUUGCGGCGGCGAGCGAGCAGCGUUGCGCCGGCCACCUCGACCUUGCCGUUGUCCUCGACGCUCACCGUUACCGGCGAGCUCCGCGUCCUCAACGCCGUCGUCGUGGCGCCCCUGCUCUCAUCCUCCAACCCCACCUCGCAGGCGGGCCCGCAAGGCUACUCGGCGGUGCCGGACACCGACAGCCUCGAGGUGCGCAGUGAGAGGCUCCAAGACACCGGCGUCGCUGCUCUGUUCCUCCGACACCACCUCUGGACAGCGUCGUUCGAGUGUUUGUGGGGAUGGUUUGGGCCAGAGGCACACGGGUGGAGGUGGAGGCCGUGGUUCCAGCAGCCCGUGAGGUGCGGGAGCACGGCAAUUACGCUCGAUACGGACGGCAGGUUUGCGAGGUUCGGGGUGGGCGACACGGGCGUCGCCAAGCAGAAGGGGAGGCAGCAGUGGCCUCCAAAGAAGAAGAUGUCGAGGAAGGCCAAGGUCAACCAACUCAAGUGGUACCGUCUCAAGGCCAAGAAGAAGAUGAAGUCACCCAACCCCGAAGUUAGGAUCAGAUACAAGCUUGAAAAGGCUAAGAGGAAGGAGGAAUGGCUGAUUGAGAAGCUGAGGAAGUAUGAGGUCCCGAGGACACUGGAGCCAGUUCAUGACCCUGAGAUUCUUACUGAGGAGGAGAAGUUUUAUCUCAAGCGAACUGGGGAGAAGAAGAAGAAUUAUGUUCCUGUUGGGAGGAGAGGGGUUUUUGGUGGUGUGGUUCUCAACAUGCACCUCCAUUGGAAGAAUCAUGAGACCGUGAAGGUGGUUUGCAAGCCUUGUCGGCCUGGCCAAGUUUACGAGCAUGCUGAGGAAUUGAUAAGGCUCAGCAAAGGCACAGUCAUUGAUAUUAAACCCAAUAAUACAAUUAUCUUUUAUCGGGGGAAGAACUAUGUGCAACCAAAGGUGAUGUCACCUCCUGAUACUCUUUCAAAGCAGAAGGCCUUAGAGAAAUAUAGAUAUCUACAAUCCCUUGAGCAUACCAGCCUGUUUAUUGAGAAGCUGGAGAAGGAGCUUGAAGAUUACAAGAAGCAUGUUGCUUUAUUCAAGAACCGUGAGGGAGUUGCUUAUGAGAAAAUCAGCAAUGAAGAUACCACUGCUGAUGAUCCCGCAACUACCUCAGAUUCUAAAUGA